CAGAAUUUGAAUUCGGUUAGUGCUUUUCGUUAUGGAGAGGAUUAUCCGAGGCAAGUUCAAGCUAGGUCGAAAAAUCGGGAGCGGUUCCUUUGGUGAAAUUUACCUCGCUACUCAUAUGGAGACCGGAGAGACCUUGGCGGCCAAGAUUGAAAGUAAGAAAACGAAGCAUUUACAGCUUAUGUACGAGACCAAGCUGUAUAAAAUUCUACGAGGAAGUGCCAUUGCAAGCAUGAAGUGGGCGGGGUUUGAUCAUGACGAUAAAGUUGUGAUCAUAGACUUGUUGGGGCGGAGUCUUGAAGACUUAUUUGUUUACUGUGGGAGCAAGUUUUCUCUGAAAACGGUCUUAAUGUUGGCCGAGCAGAUGAUCACAAGAGUAGAGUACUUGCAUUCGAAAGGGUUUUUGCAUAGGGACAUCAAACCCGACAAUUAUGUCAUGGGUCUUGGCAGGGAAGCAAAUCAGGUUUACAUUAUCGAUUUUGGAUUGGCGAAAAGAUUUCGGAAUCCAACUACAAAUAGGCAUAUUCCAUACAGAGAAAAUAAAAUCUUAACAGGAACUCCACGAUAUGCUAGCUGCAAUACCCAUUUGGGAAUCGAUCAGAGUCGCCGGGAUGAUUUGGAGUCACUUGGCCAUGUUCUUCUGUAUUUCUUAAGAGGAAGCCUUCCUUGGCAGGGUCUAAAAGCUGCAACGAAGAAGCAAAAAUAUGAGAAGAUUUGUGACAAGAAGUUAUCAACUACCAUUGAGGUGCUAUGUAAGUCUCAUCCUGUGGAGUUUGCAUCCUACUUCCACUAUUGCCAUUCCUUGACAUUUGAUCAACGUCCGGAUUAUGCAUUCUUGAAGCGUCUGUUUCGUGACUUGUUUAAACGACAAGGGUUUGAGUUUGAUUAUGUAUUUGACUGGACAAUCCUAAAAUACCAGCAGGCACAACAAACAACAAGGGGUCAUGGUGAAUCAGCUCCAGCUCAAAUAGUGACUAGCAGUCGAGCAAUGCCUGCGGAUGUGAGGAAUCAAGGAGUUGAUGGUUUCUAA